GUAUUCCAUGCGCGCGCAUGCCUAUAUAUAAAAGGCUAUUCUCUUCCUGUGGCCGCACGAGGACAACAUCGUCGACUCCGACCCCUACCUUCUUCCCAUUGGCUUCCCUCCAUCAUUCCGGGAUUGGAGCUUUGUGUCAUUUCUAUCUACACACAUUUCGCCAGGGUGUCAUUGAAGGGCGAGCACUAACACGGUCGUUGCGUUUAUAUCCAAUCAAUUGAUGUCUCAUUUCGGAUACGUGUGCUUCUUUCUCUAGAUUCGUGUGGGGAAUUGGGUCGCUUCGUGUGAAAUUCCUGCAAAAUUAGGACCAGACCGUCCUUAAAGGGCAAAUUCUACAAUUGGCGCAGAUCGAGGUUAGAGGUGACGAGGAGAGGAAGCUAGAGCAAGAGGAGCCAGCCAGCUGAAAAACGAAGCAAGCAAUGGAGGAGAAGAAGACGGACCUGCUCCGGAAGCUGACGAUCGUGUCGAUCCCGUUCGUGUUCGUGGCGAUCCCGUCGGUGGUGAUCAUCGUGGGCAUGCUGUCCCCGCACGCGGCGGAGCCCCGGGACGGGUCGUCGCCGGCGCCGCCGGGGCAGAACCACUCGGUGUCGAUGCUGAGCACGAUGACGGGGGGGCAGAUGAUCCUGAGCUGCCGCGCCGCCUUCUCGGGCAACUGGGAGUACUUCCACUACUUCAUCCUGGACCCCUACAAGCCGCAGCAGGCCUUCUUCCAGCCGCAGGCCGACCCCUACGUCCUCUUCUGCAAGUGGGGCUACAUGGGCAACUUCCUCCAGGACGUCGUCGUCUUCAACAGCUCCGCCUCCUGGGCGCCGCACUGCCGCGUCGACAACGGCGGCUGCCGCUACCUCUUCCAGGACGGCCACAUGUUCCUCGUCACCGGCAAGCACGGCGGCGACAGCGAGGCCCACAGGGUGAAGGUGGUGGAGGAGACGACUGAAGAACAAGCGCCUGCACCUGGUCCUGGUCUUGGUUUUGGUUUUGGUCCUGGUCCGAGUCAGGGUCCAGCCCAGGCACUACCGGCUCCGGCAAUAGCUCCGGCUCCGUCUCCGUCUCCGGAAGCGCAUUCAGAUGGGAAGGAGAAGACCCUGAUCGGAGACGUGCUGCUCAGGGAGUGCAAGCAUGUGCUCGGCUUGUUCCCCACCAUGUGCCGGAAAAAGCCGCACAACCACCGGUACGUCGGAAAGAUCAUCGGCCGGUGGCGGUGGUGGUUCAACUACUAGCUAGCUGGCCGCAGAUUGCCAUCGGCGGCGGUGGCGGCAAGUGCGUGUUGUACGAGUACGACUGAACCUUUGCGUUGGCGAUGGUGCAUACGCACGCAGGAAAGGAAAUGAUACGAACACGAUGCGCAUAUAUAGAUUUCGUUUUGAACUCCUGACAAAUUAAAGGCAAUCAGGAAUUCAGGACACCAA